AUGGCCGUGAUGGCCCCUCACGCCUCGCUCCUCGCCGCAGCUCUCCGCGUCGCACCUCCAGGCGAGCACUGCGGCCAGCGGCCCCGCCCCAACCCUCGUCGCCUCCGGCGCUCCCCAGCGGGCCAGCGCUGCACCGCGGCCAGCGCCCCCAGGCACGGCACCACGGCUGGCAGCCCCGCCUCGACCUUCCUCGCCUCCAGCGCUCCCCAGCCGGCCGGCCAGCCAGGAGGGCAGGCGGCUGCCUCCGGCCGAGCACUGCACGCCCCGCCCCCAAGCUCCGCAUCGUGGCCGGCGGCCCAGCGCGCCGCUCCUGCACCCAAGCCUGCGCCGCGGCGAGGUGGGCGGUCGAGCAAGGCCGCGGCGAGGUGGGCGGUCGACAACCUGGUGAAGGCCGGCGACCGGAUCAUCCUCGUCCAUGUCCUCCCCAAGGGGGCGGACGCCAGCCACAAGGAGCUCUGGAAGAGCACCGGCUCACCUUUGAUUCCUCUGCCGGAGUUCAUGGAGAUGAACGUGCAGGCGAGGUACGGGCUGAACCCUGAUAAGGAGGUACUGGAGAUACUGAAAGCUGCAUCCAAGGCCAAGCAGGUGGAAGUGCUAGCAAAAAUUUACUGGGGCGAUGCAAGGGAGAAACUCUGUGAGGCAGUAGAUGAUCUCAAGGCGGACUCAUUUGUGCUUGGUUGCAGGGGCUUAGGGCCACUGAAAAGGGCUCUCCUUGGAAGUGUCAGCAACUAUGUAGUCAACAAUGCAACAUGCCCAGUUACAGUGGUGCGUGGACCAACUAUGUGAAGUGCCUGAUCUUUUUUGCUUAAAGUUAGAGCUUUUGUAAUGCAGGGCACAUUUGGUAUAUCUGAGUUCAAGUUGUUUGAAAGGAUGGUGAUGUUUGGCUCUGGCUAUUAGCUUCAGUAUUAUUACUUGAAAUCUGUCAUCUGGUUAUGAUAUCAACAAAUUUCCCUCUGUUACAUCGACUUA